UUUUUCACUCUCGGCCGAUUAGUCAUUUUUUUCGAUGUCCCGCGAGUGCACAUUUCUUGUUGUCGGCGGCGGCAUUGCUGGCGUCUCCUGCGCUGAAACCUUGGCGAUUUGUGCAUCCAAUGCGUCGAUUUUGCUUCUCACCGAAUCCAGCAUUGUAAAGAGCGUCACGAAUCUAGUGCCCGUUGCCCGCUACUUACAUAAAUUCGAUGUUCGAGAGACAAAUGUGACUGACCUAAGCGCUGGCAUUACAACAAUUGUGGAUCAACUGGUGCACAUAAACAGCAGCGAACACUGGGCACGCACCAAGACUGGAGUAAUCAUUAAGUACCGCUACAUUUGCUUAUGCACUGGCGGAGCACCAAAGUUGUUUAACGCUGCGAAGUGUGAGGAGCGCAUUAUUGGCAUACGCGAUACGGACUCGGUACUGGAGUUGCAACGGCGACUAGCUAGCGCUAAAGAUGUGUUGAUCCUGGGCAACGGUGGCAUUGCCAGCGAAUUGGCGCAUGAGUUGCAUGAUGUCAAUGUGCAUUGGGUCAUCAAGGAUGCUCACAUAUCUGCCACAUUUGUAGAUCCCGGCGCCGCCGAGUUCUUUCAAUUAGCCAAAUCAGAGACUGGAGAGGAACUAGGAGCGGCAGCUGUCACAACGGCCAUCAAACGCAUGCGCUACAGCGAGGAGGAGCAACUGCAGCAGCAGAGCAAACGUGGCGCCGCCUUGGGUCCAGAUUGGCAUCGCAACUUUGACUUGGCUGGCGGUGACGCAGCCAGCAGUCGAAGGCUACCGAAAGUCUAUUAUAAAUCCCAUAUCAAACACAUCGAGCAGUUGCCCAUUGACGGGACUUUGCAGGUCACAUUGAAGCACGAAGAUGACAGCCAGGAACAACUCAACUGUGACUUUAUUGUCUCUGCAACGGGAGUGCAGCCUCGUCUUGAUUUCACCACAGAUGUACCGCUGCAGCUAGCUGAAGAUGGUGGCAUAAAUGUGGACGAAAUGAUGCGGAGCAAUCUUUGUAAUGCUUAUGCUGCUGGCGAUGUCUGCACAUCUGCUUGGGAUCCGGCGCAGCAUUGGUUUCAGAUGCGUCUGUGGACACAGGCACGCCAAAUGGGCGCCAUGGCUGGUCGCAGCAUGGCUGCGCAGUUCGAGGGUGAAACCGUCUAUCAAGACUUUUGCUUUGAGCUUUUUGGACAUGUGACGCAGCUGUUUGGCUUUCCCGUUGUGUUGCUAGGACGCUUCAAUGGUCAGGGAUUGGGUCGAGAUUAUGAACUGCUUGUCCGUUGCACACGCAACAAAGAGUACAUUAAGUUUGUGCUUCAGCAAGGACGUUUGCGUGGUGCCAUCUUAAUAGGAGAUACUGAUCUUGCCGAGACCUGUGAGAAUUUGAUACUCAAUGGCACCGAUCUGGAGCCAUAUGGCGAUGAUAUCCUUAAUCCCGAUAUUGACAUAGAAGAUUACUUUGAUUGAAAGACUAUGUUGUUUAUAAUUAAAUAUAUUCUUAUUCUAAUGGUUACUGCUUAAUCUCUAAUGGAGCAGCACGCUUUUUUCCUUUUCGUCAUUUAGACUUUCCUUCGGUGCCUGGAAAUUCAAAAAAUAUGUUAUCAAAAGCCCGGAGAAUGAAUUGAUGCAGUGUUAUACUUACCCACAUAUUUGAUUUCAUCGAAAGCCUUUCGCGCCUUCUUCAAUUCUUCGUUCAUAGUUAGCAAGUCCUUGACCCGAGCAUAUUUACGCUGAUCCUUACGUACCAGGAAUAUUAUAUCCUCCACUUGCACGCGCCCCGUUCGUCCAAUUUCCAUGGCGCGAUGUGUAGUCUCUGCAAUGUAUUCAAUGACCAGAUCUUCCAGCAGAUCGACUGUUUCCGUAUAGGGAUUUUUAUCGUCGCCGAAGCCAAACAUCAUGCAACGCAGCUCCUUACUGAAGAGGCGCUUGCGCCCAGAGUUGGUGGACACCAUUUGCUCAUCUUCCGCUUCCUCGUCAAACUAAAAACACAUUUGUCAAUUAAAGAAAUUCACUGCCAAUUGAAUUCAUUGAACUCACAUCAGCGGCUUCAAAAUGUUCAUCUGGAGCGCUAUUUGCAGCCAUUCUGAUAUUUGUUUGGUUUAGGUCUUGGGCAGAACGAAUUAUUUGUUCGAUCCCUAGCACACAAACCGAGUGAUGAAAAUCGCAACAAAAUUUAAUUGAUUGUGUAGUUAAAUUAAGAGACUCCUUUUAUUUUAUUUAUAAAGUCAAUGA